GAGAGAGAGAGAGAGAGAGAGAGAGGCGGUGUCAAAGCCAAUUGUUGCUGAUCUAGGCGGUGAUUCGACCACACUGUUUGUCCUCUCCAAGGCUUUCCCCCUCUGCUUUGCGAACAAUAACCUUUCCAUUUUCUGCAUCUCAUAACCUACUCUUUCCUCCAUCUGGGAUUUGGUCUACCUUUCUUUUCAACGUUUGGCAGAUGUGGACAUGGAUCGUAUCUGGGUUUAUUAAGAAGUCGUUGACGGGGUCUCUCUCGAAUAUGAGUUUCCCCGCAAGAGCUCUCACUUUGGCGGGGCAACUUUCCCGUGCACCUCGGCGCUCAGCCUGGUGAUGCUUAGCCUGGUGACUACUUUCCCUCUUCAUUCACUGAAAGGGGAAGUUUAAACACACAUCGGCGGAUUUGGUCUCGCAUUCAAUAGCCUACACACGGUUUUAUAAAAAACAAAAAGGAGUAAAUUAAAAUGCAGAAGAGUGUCAGGUUUAAUGAGGGACACGCUCUGUUCCUCUCAGUCGUUGCGCGUAAGGAGGGUACCAAGCGCGGUUAUUUGAGCAAGAAGACCACGGAGAACAGCAGGUGGCACGAGAAGUUCUUUGCGCUGUACCAAAACGUGUUUUUUUACUUUGAAAACGAGCAGAGUGUACGCCCCGCCGGGAUUUACCUCUUGGAGGGCUGCACCUGUGAGAGCGUGCCUGUUCCGAAGGUCUCCACUGCGGGAAAGGAGACCCUCGACAAACAGCACUACUUCCUGAUCGUGUUUGGCCAUGAUGGACAGAAGCCUCUGGAGCUACGGACUGAGGAGGAGAAUGAAUGUGAUGAAUGGGUGGAGGCCAUCCAACAGGCCAGCUACUCUGACAUCAUCAUCGAGCGUGAGGUCUUGAUGCAAAAGUACAUCCACCUGGUCCAGAUUGUGGAGACAGAGAAGGUGGCAGCCAACCAACUACGUACUCAAUUGGAGGAUCAGGAUACAGAGAUAGAGAGGCUCAAAGGAGAGAUCGUUGCCCUGAACAAAACCAAUGAGAGAAUGUGGCCUUACCAUGUAAACCAAGAGGAUGAAGACCCAGACAUAAAAAAGAUUAAGAAGGUGCAAAGCUUUAUGCGUGGCUGGCUGUGCCGUAGGAAGUGGAAGCUGAUAGUUCAGGACUACAUCUGUUCUCCCCAUGCUGAGAGCAUGAGGAAGAGGAACCAGAUCGUCUUUAACAUGGUGGAGGCCGAGACAGAGUAUGUCCACCAGCUGUCUAUCCUGGUUAACUGUUUCCUGAGACCUCUCCGCAUGGCCGCCAGCUCCAAGAAACCUCCAAUCAGUCACGAUGAUGUCAGCAGUGUGUUCCUCAACAGUGAGACCAUCAUGUUUCUACAUGAGAUAUUCCACCAAGGUCUCAAAGCCCGGAUAGCGAACUGGCCUACACUGGUAUUGGCGGACCUGUUUGACAUCCUGCUGCCUAUGCUGAACAUCUACCAGGAGUUUGUGAGGAACCACCAGUACAGCCUGCAAGUGCUGGCCAACUGCAAGCAGAACCGAGACUUCGAUAAGCUGCUGAAGCAGUAUGAGGCUAAUGCUGCCUGUGAGGGCAGGAUGCUGGAGACCUUCCUCACAUACCCCAUGUUCCAGAUUCCUCGUUACAUCAUCACUCUGCAUGAGCUGCUGGCGCACACUCCGCACGAACACGUAGAGCGCAAGAGCCUGGAGUUUGCCAAGUCCAAACUAGAGGAGCUGUCAAGGGUGAUGCAUGAUGAGGUGAGUGAUACAGAGAACAUCCGUAAGAACCUGGCCAUCGAGAGGAUGAUUGUAGAGGGAUGUGAUAUACUACUGGACACCAGUCAGACCUUCGUCAGACAGGGUUCUCUGAUUCAGCUGCCGUCGGUGGAGAGGGGGAAGCUCAGUAAGGUGCGUCUGGGCUCUCUGUCUCUGAAGAAGGAAGGAGAGAGACAGUGCUUCCUGUUUACAAAACACUUUCUGAUCUGCACACGCAGCUCAGGAGGCAAGCUGCACCUGCUCAAGCAAGGUGGAGUCCUAUCUCUGAUAGAAUGUACCCUCAUAGAAGAAACAGAGAACAGCGACGACGACUCGAAGUCCAGUGGUGGUCAGGUAUUCGGUCAGUUGGACUUUAAGCUGAUCAUCGAGCCGUCUGACUCACCCUCCUUCACUGUAGUCUUGUUGGCUCCCUCACGACAGGAGAAAGCUGCCUGGACCAGCGACAUCAGCCAGUGUAUCGAUAAUAUCCGCUGUAAUGGUUUGAUGACUAGUGUAUUCGAGGAGAACUCCAAAGUCACCGUGCCUCACAUGAUCAAAUCUGAUAUGCGCCUCCAUAAAGAUGAUGUUGACAUUUGCUUCAGCAAGACACUCAACUCCUGCAAGGUCCCACAGAUUCGCUACGCCAGCGUGGAGCGGCUGCUGGAAAGGCUGACGGACUUGCGCUUCCUCUCCAUCGACUUCCUCAACACCUUCCUCCACACCUACCGUAUCUUCACUACUGCUGCCGUGGUCAUGGAUAAACUGACUGACAUCUACAAGAAACCUUUCACCUCUAUACCUGUCAGGUCUUUGGAAUUGUUCUUUGCCACCAACCAGAACAACCGAAGUGGUGAUCACACCAAUGACAAGUCCCCCCGUCUCUGCCGCAAGUUCUCCGGUCCUCUCUCCAUCUCCUCCCGCACCUCCUCUCCUGUCCGCACACGCAAACUCUCUCUGCAUUCCCCCAUCAGUGCCAGGGUGGGGGGGCUGGACCUUACUAAUAUUAACUCUAUCCCCUCCUCCUUCUCUCAGUCUGCUGUGGCAACAAGACCCCCAAGACCAGGCCCCCUCCCCCUGUCUACUCUGUCCUACCCCGAACAGAGUCCUUCCUCCACUACAGAAGGGCAGGAGCUGCCUCGUGUUGACGCCUUCUGUGGAAAAAUGAGACGCAGCAUCCGCAGAGCUGUCUUGGAGUCUGUCUCAAUGGACAAGUUCAUCCCUGAGUCGCCUCAGAACAACGAAUCAGGAGAAGUCUCUCCCUGCCGCUCCCCCUCCACCCCACGACACUUCCGCUACAGGCAGCCUGGAGUUCAAUCAGGGGAGAACUCUCGUUGUUCUGUUUCUCCUGCCUCAGCCUUUGCUAUUGCUACAGCUGCAGCAGGACAUGGCUCUCCCCCAGUGUUUAAUAACUCAGAGAGGACAUGUGAUAAGGAGUUUAUCAUCAGAAGAGCUGCUACUAACAGAGUCCUCAACGUACUUCGACACUGGGUCUCAAAACACUCCCAGGACUUUGAGAUGAACAGUGAGUUGAAGAUGGGAGUGAUCUGUCUACUAGAGGAGAUACUCAGAGAUCCAGACCUAUUGCCACAGGAGAGAAAAGCUACUGCUAAUAUACUAAGUACCCUUUCUCUGGAUGAGCAGGAAGCAGAUGCCCAGCUGAGGAUAGAAGACAUCCUUCAGAUGGUGGAGUGUCCUAGGUCAGAGUGUUUUGAGUCUCUGUCUGCCAUGGAGCUGGCUGAACAGAUCACACUACUGGACCACAUCGUCUUCAGGAGUAUCCCCUAUGAGGAGUUCCUGGGGCAGGGCUGGAUGAAGGUGGAUAAGUCUGAGAGGACUCCCUACAUCAUGAAGACCAGCCAGCACUUCAAUGAUAUGAGCAACCUGGUGGCGUCUCAAAUCAUGACCCAUACUGACGUGGGCUCCAGGGCCAACUCUAUUGAAAAAUGGGUGGCUGUGGCCGACAUCUGCCGCUGCCUCAACAACUACAAUGGAGUCUUAGAGAUCACCUCAGCUCUGAACCGCAGCGCCAUCUACAGGUUGAAGAAGACAUGGGCCAAAGUCUGCAAACAGACUAAAGCCCUGAUGGACAAGCUGCAGAAGACUGUGUCGUCUGAAGGGAGAUUCAAAAACCUGAGGGAAACCCUGAAAAAUUGUAACCCUCCCAGUGUGCCCUACCUGGGUAUGUACCUGACUGACCUAGCCUUUAUCGAGGAAGGAACACCUAACUUCACUGAGGAGGGCUUGGUCAACUUCUCCAAGAUGAGGAUGAUCUCCCACAUCAUCCGAGAGAUCCGCCAGUUCCAGCAGACACCCUACAGGAUAGAACACCAGCCUAAGGUGACUCAGUACCUGUUGGACAAGACUCUGAUCAUGGAUGAGGACACUCUCUAUGACCUCUCUCUUAAGAUAGAGCCCCGCCUACCGGCCUGAGGGACAGUCACUGCGAGCAACGGGACCCUGGCAACCCUGUCCCUCUAUGUGGGCAACACGCCUGCAUACCUGGGAUAAUGAACGACAAAGAGAGACUGGAUUAUUGAAGAGACAGAGAGAAAAAGCGAGCGAGAGAGAGAGAAUUGAGAGGGAACGUAGGGAGAAAAUCCUUGUUGUUUUUAGACGAUGAUGGGGUGAUCUUUUGAAUGUGUUUUCUGCGAGGAAGGGUAAACAGGAAGUGAGGUGUCAUUAUGUGACCUCAUCAUCCCUCUCCCAGGGCGUGAUAUCAUUGACGUGAAACAUGGUUCUUCUGCCAGCAGAUCAAAUCAGAGUUGGUGGAGAUUGAUCAAUCUUUGGGAAAAUCUCAAAUGGCACCCUGUUCCCCAUGUAGGACUGCACUAAUUUAGGGAAUAGGUUGCCAUUGAGACACUUUUUUGUCUUUGAAGAUUUUUAAAAGGUAGACGUAAGGAGAUGAAAUGUAGCAUGUAUAGCUCUAAGAGUCUGGACUUGUGUAUGUUAUGCUGUGCUGCUUUACUGUGCCAUGUUUUUGAGCUGAAGCACCCAUGCUUUCACACCAAAUGGUGAUCACUUGACUUUGCAUGAUCCUAACUGGGGUUUUAGUGUUUAUUUGGCCUUGGUCCUGACCCCUGCAUGUUAACAUGCUUCACUCUCUUUGGUCUCUGAAGACUACACAACCACUAUGCAUCCCCAUCCACCAAUCAUAAAUCACUUCAUUAGGAGGGUCGGACGGAAUCUAUGAGGGUAGAGUUUCAAACACACCUGCCGGAAUUAACUCAUACAUUACUACUACUACACAUGCUAAAUGUAACGAUAGUGGUAAAUAGAAAAUCCUUUUAAGAUUCAGUCUGACUGUGGUAAUGAGUGCUUCAAAAUGAAUUUCGAUUUAAAAACUGGGGUGGCAGGUACUGUAGCCAACUGGGUGGCAGGUAGCCUAGCGGUUAGUGCUUUGUGCCAGUAACUGAAAGGUCGCUUGUUAGAAUACCUUAGCCAACAAUCUGUUGAUGUUCCCUUGAGCAAGACACUUAACCCUAAUUUGCUCCAGGUGCGCCGUACUACUAUGGCUGACCUUGUAAAACAACACAUUUCACUGCACCGAACAGGUGUAUGUGACAAUAAAGUAAAUAAAUUAAAAAAGCUUCAUUUGUUAUAGUUUACCAUUUAUGUGCAUCGUGUUGUUGAAAUUGCUCUUCAUAAAUACUGAAAUAUUAAUCUACAAACUGGUGACCGGUAUCUGAAAGAAUACAGUACAAUCUGGUACUCCACAUUCAGGCAAACGUUUUGAUGUCUAAUAUCUUGUAAGCUCCACAAAUUCUGUGGUUUGUCCAUUUGAAUGAUAAGAAUUAAGACGCUUCAAAUGUGCCUUUAUUAUUGUUUUUUUUCUGUAGGUAGACUCUCAGUCCUCUAUAUAUUCUAACAACAAUACCAAUCAAUUCAGAUGAACAAGUAAUAUUUCCCCCUCUUAAAAUAUUUUGCUGUCAAGUUAGCAAAUUUCCAUCUGUGGCAUUCUUUGGUGAAGGUUGUAGAUCCCUAAUAAUAAUGUAUCUGCUCAUUCAGAUGGUAUGGAAUCAUUGGGUAAAUAUCAAUUGUUAUUCCUUCAUUCCUCAAAUCCUUAUCUCCUUCUCAAAGCACUUUGGAGCAAAAGAUCCUCCUCUCAGAAGGAGGCAAGGAGAAAUGACAAGGAUAGAAUUACGUAGAACUACAUAUAAUUGAAUAGGAUCUCUUUGGGAUCAAGGAUAUACAAUUGAGAUUCAGCCAUAUAAAACUAUUGUACUGCCAUGGAGUGAGGGUGGUUAAAGAGAAGUGACUUUGUCCCUCUAGUGGCCCCAACAUUCCCAUGCUUUAUCUGACAACAACACUUGUAGCACGUUCAGCAGGGCCUGUUCACAGCUUUACAAUAACCACUCCUUAUGCAGUUUGAUGAGCAUGUGGUCCAGUUUGCUCCUAAUUGAAAAAUGAAAACCCAGCAAACAAAUGUUGGUUCCCAGAACGAUGUGGGAAAGUCAUUUUUCAAAUAACCAAAGGAGAACCUCAAGGGAACACUAUGGGGACAUUAUGAGCUAGCUGGGAAUCCUUUGUUGUCCUCACAAAUUUAAUUUAGUCUUCAGCUUCAUUGGCUUUACAUGGUCACUUGAGUGUUCUAGUCUAGUCUGUAUGGGUCUGACAGUAGCUGUCUGCAUGAAGCGAUAGAGGUUGCUUUAGAGGUUACAUACAGUUAAUGCAGCUCUUGAGUUCUGAUCAUGGAAUUCCGAACUCAUCAGUACAUCUUUACUUGGAUUAAAACAUAUAUAUUUUACAUUUUAGUCAUUUAGCAGAUGCUCUCAUCCAGAGCAACUUACAUUAGUGCAUUCAUCCCAUACAUCUUUUUUCUCAAUAUAUUUAACUUAGAUGUACAUACAUUUACAUCUUUGUUAAAAUGCAUGUAAUGCCUUAACAUUUAUUCCAGAGAUGCAUGUACAUGCAUUUGCAUCUUUGUUAAAGUGCAUGUAAUGCCUGACAAUUCCAGAAAUGCAUGACUAUGACAUCUAGUCGACAGGGCGGCCUAUGACAUAGUUUGUCCCUUCAGAGGAUUCUUAAAUUACUCUUUACGUGUUGAUCAAUGGAGAAUUUGCCACCAAACCAUAACUUUGGCACUAGCUAGGUUUCAAUCCAAUUGGCAACAGAUUUCCAUGUGAAUAUUAUAAAAUCGACGUAAAGAAAAUAUGUGCAUUUUCCCACCAGCGGUGUGUUUCCACCAAACAGACUUGUGGCGUAUAAAAAUCAGUGAAUGAUGACGUAGUGCACACAACAUGUACUUUUUCGCUUAAGUUUACAUGUACCGAAUAAAAAUCUACAGUUCAACGUAUUUCCAUUGCAUUUUCAACUCUACCAAUAGUUUCCUCACAAAAGCUGUGUGCCUACUUUGGUCUUGGCACAUGCACUCUAGCCAACAGUUCGUAGAUACAGUGCGGGUAGGCUAGACUACAUGAUGAGAUUAUUAUGGAUAAGAG